CCUUGAUGCUACCUGCAAGAGGGGCAUGAUGGUGUAGCCGCACCUUGAUCCGCUGGUCCGCUGCCAUGAGGGACCCCCUUCGGUGCAGCACAAACGGGAUGGAGGAUGGCUACACUCAAGCCUGGAAUAUUUCGCCAGUUGUGCAGGUGUUGCUUGACGCGGGCUUGUCCACUGCGACGAUCCUAUUUGUUUACCUUUUGUCCAGCUGGAAUUCCACAGAGCUGUACUGUGUGCUGGCGAUUAGUUUGCUGCUGGCCAUGAUUGGGUGGCGCUUGUGGCGCGUGCGCACGAACCAGACACAAGCUGGAGUUCCAUACACCUGCGGCCAUGCUGUAGCCAAUGGCAAGGAGGUCUUUAUCGUUUCAACACUGCAUGUCUCUCCCCGGUCAGAGCGUGACGUCAUUGCGACCAUCGGCGCCGUGCGCCCGGAUGCAGUGAUGAUCGAGCUGGAUGAGGAACGCCUGGAAUUCAUGCGAGGGCCGUCGAGGCCAACCUUGCAGGCCUUUCAGUACACCUCGGGGGACUCCACAGUGAGUUUAUGGGCGCAGCGGGCACACUGGAACGGGGAGUAUGCCGGGGAGAGCGUUACGGGGCCCAUCGUCUUGGAUGAAGGCCAGGAGCUGCCUCCCGGCUGCCUGGCGCUUUCGCGCCCCGACGCGGCGCCUCUGGCGCUGCGGGCCUUCCAGGCCGCACAGCGCGGGGCGCGCGCGGUGCUGCUGCAGGGCGAGCGCCUGCCUGCAGGACGCCUGGGUACCGAGACCUUGCUGACAGAGCUGCGGGUGGCGAUGGAAGUGCGCAACAGCGGCUUCCCACCCAUUCCAGCUUUGCUUCUGCCCAGCAGUGAGCUGAUGGAUCUACUCCAAACCAGCGAGGUGCAAGGCUCCUUCCAGGUGCUGGCGGACACCUUCCCGCGGCGCACGCCUCGGCGACGCUUGUGCCAGGAGUUCGCCUUCGCCUUGUCGGGGAUUUGGCUCCUCUACGGCAUCAUCGAGUGCUUCAAAGUGGAUGCGGGCGACGAGUUCCUGGCGGCGGAGCGUGAGGCCCUGCGGCUGGGGGUGCCAUGCUGCUGCGUGGACCUGGACACGGACCGGCUCUGCAGCCGCUUCGCUGCCACGGCGGCGCCUUGGCCGCGGAACCUGCUGCGGGCGCUGCUCGCGUGGCUCAGCGCGCCCCGCUGCGUGUUCCGCGUUUGCUUCCCCAAGCGAAGCGACCUUGAUGUGCUGGGCAGCUCCCUGUUGCACUUCGCGAGCUUCAGGAUCGGCAUUUGGCUGAGCUUCUUGCUGGCCGCCACCUGCGCCGGGUGCUUGGUGGCUGGACUGCUGCUGCUGCUCAGCAGCGGAGCUGAGGGUGCGGCCGAGGGCGCCGGCGUGGUGAAGCCUGAAGACCGCCAGGCUGUGCUCUCAGACAUCCUGCUGGCCAUCGAAAUGUAUUUGAUCCCCUGCGUCUACAGCGCCAUCGUGGCUUCGAGGGAUGAGGCGAUGUAUGUCAGCAUGGCAUCCCAGGUGCAAUCAAGGUCAGCAUGCCAGCGUGUGGUCUUGGUGGUGGGUGCUGCUCACGCCAAUGGUAUCUUGCAGUUAAUCAGAGCGCGGGGAUUGUGAUUUCAAAAGUGAGAA